AUCAAAUCAUUAUUAUUCAUAGUUAUUAAUUGUCAUAUAUAUAUAUUAAUCAUAUUAGGUGAUUCUGUAGCUUUUAUUUAAGGAAAUAAUAUAUUUUUUUAUAUUUUGGAUUAAUAUAAUGUUCACUAGUAAUUGGAUUUGGACCAAUAUUUUUUUAAUUGAUUCUUAAAUUGUCACGUAAGCUAAAUUGACAUCCUAUUAAGUGACACCUAAGCAGAAUCUCUUUUUAAUUAGUACAAUCUUAAGGUUACAACUUUUUAAUUGAUCCUCAAUUAAUAUAUAGAGGAUAAUUAAGGUUAUAACAUUUUAAAUGAUCCUUAAUUAAUAUAUAGGAGAUUAGAUAAUUAAAAUUAAUUAAAACCAGAAAAUAAAACUAAUGAAAAAACAUAAUUGAGAUCUAGAGAGGUUAUGGAAAGUUCUGUUUUGGGAUACUCUUCCAUAAUCUCUCAUUUUUCUUUUUCCUCCACAAAUAUAUAAGUUGGUAGAAACUUAUCCUCAUCUUUGGGAUGAUAUGUAUUUUUCUACUAAUCUGCAUAAUUAACGAUAAAUUACAUUAUCUAAGACUAGAGCAUUUAUUUUAGAGAAUUUCCUUAGAAUAGUCAUUUUUAAGUUUUUGUCGCAAAAAUAGUACUCAGUGAGAAAAAUGACCAAAAUAAGUUUUAUUAAAGGAAAAAAGUACAUUUUAUCAAAAUUUUCAAAAUAAAAAAAAUCUAUUUUGAUCAUUUUCUUUUUUGCAUGCUAUUUUUGUGACAAAAAGUUAAAAAGUGUUAUUUGAUAAAAUUACCUAGAUUUUAAGAUGUUAAAACAUCGACCAAUCUUUGAUAAAACCAUCGAACUAAAUAAACUUUUUUUUGAAAAAAAAUUGAACUAAAUAAACUUCCACAAUACAACAUAAUAUAUUUUAUUCUUACUUUUUAUUUUUUAACCAAAAUAUAUAGUUUUCUUAACUAAAAUUUUGGAUUCAUAUUGUAUUUAGAGGAAAACAAAAAAUCAAAAGACACAAAUAAUUUUGCCUUGCCGAGCAAGGUCGUAGUACGAAAAUACAAAUUUCUUUUGAUUUUUUUAUUUUUUCGAGGUAAGUAUAACCUCUUCUCCCUUUUUAUCCUUUGCUACGAGGGUUCAGGCGUCUCCCAUACAUCACCAUGGCUCAAGCAACUGCGAUGGCAAGGUACAUUGAUGAUGAACAAGAAGAUGAUGAGGACGUUUGCAGAAUCUGCAGAACUCCAAGGGAUGCAGACAAUCCACUUCAAUAUCCAAGCGCCUGCAGGGGAAGCAUCAAGUUUGUGCACCAAGAUUGCCUCCUUCAAUGGCUUAGCUACUCCAAAGCUCAUCGAUGCGAGGUUUACAAGCAUCAUUUUUCAUUCUCAUCGCUUUAUGAUGAAAAGGCUCCCACGAGGCUCCCUUUGAAGGAGUUUGUUGUUGGCAUUGCGAUGAAAGUUUGGCGUUGCCGUGUUUCGCACGCCUCACUGCGGUUGAGUUUAAUGCUUUUGGCCUGUCUUCUCACUGUUUCUUUCAUCACGUUUUGGACAUGGAGAUUGGCUUUCGUCCAGAGUUUUGGUGAAGCUCGGAGGCUGUUCUUAAGUCACAUGUCCACCGUACUUGUCCUAACAGAUUGUUUGCUUGGUUUCUUAGUAUCUGCAACUAUCAUCUUCAUUCUCCUUAAAGCUGCUUCACUGAGGAACUUCUUUAGGCAUUUGGGAAGAAACUUUCUAUUUAACGAGCUGGUUCGAAUACAGAGUCCUCUGUUUCGCUUGGUCAUCUUUUGGUUCAGUGUUACACAUCGGUUCUCUCAUUUAAAAUCUUAUAUGCAGAUUGUGGCAUGCAAUAUGAUAUUUGUUGGUGUUGUCAUCUUUGUGCCCUUCACACUAGGACGGGUUAUAUUGCAUCAUGUUGCUGCUGCUGAUCUCUUGAAAGGUUUUGUUGCUGUACCAUCAAAGCUAUAUGAUGAUGUUACAACUCUAACUGUUGCAAACAUGUUUGCAGUCUUCCUUUACCUUGGAAUCAUUGUGCUGAUUCGAUAUUUCAAGGGCCAGCAGCCAUUGAACUUUGAUAGACUCUAUGGUGUUGCUGCUGCUUCAAUAAUAGAAACUAUACCACCUCUCCUUAGGCAGUUGUUGGUAGGAAUCAAAGUAGGAACCUUGGUUGCCUAUUAUUUUGGGGUCUUCCCCUUGAUGUGUGGGUGGUGGCUAGAUGUUUGCACAGUUAGUAUGUUUGGUGAAACUAUGUCCAACAGAGUAGAGUUUUUAUCAGUUUCCCCGCUUGCACGCUCACUUGUUCAUUGGGCUGUUGGAGUGUUGUACUUGUCGAAAAUAUGCAUAUGCGAGGACCUUCUUCUAAAGGUUCUUCGCCGUGAAGCUUUGUUUUUCCUUUAUGAUCCCAAAGAUGAUGAUGAUGUUGAGUCGUUCCAGUUCAUGAUCGAAGAACCAGUACACAAACUUGCUCGGGAUGUUUUGUUAGAUGCUGCAAAGUAUGGGAGUUUGAUUGUCUUGCUGGUGUUUUUACCAGUCAAGCUUGCGAUCAUGAUGGCUCCUUCAGUCUUCCCUCUUGACAUAUCUGUAUCCGACCCAUUCACUGAGAUUCCUGUCGGCAUUCUCCUGUUUACAAUAUGCACACAGUUUAUCAUCGAGCAUUUCGGACUCUGGACCACGGUUAAGUCCCUUGUACGCUGCUGGUUCACCAGCGUCUGUUGGGCGCUUGGUUUGACAGACUUACUCUUGCCAAGACCAGAGGACAAGGUCGGUCAGGAUAAUGGAGAUGGUGAACCAGGAAGGCAGAACAGAGGACCUGAAAGGGCCAUGGAUGUGCUUCCAGCAACUGUUGACCCAAACAGAAGCCUCGUCCUCGCUGGGAAUGUAGAAAAAUCUCAUUCAGGGUACAUCUUUGUGCUCCGUGUAGUCCUUCUUCUACUUGCUGCAUGGGUUACUCUUCUUCUCUUCAAUACGGCAUUGAUAGUUGUACCAGUUUCUCUAGGACGUGCUCUAUUUAAUGCCAUCCCAAUUCUCCCUAUAACGCAUGGCAUCAAGUGCAAUGACCUAUAUGGUUUUGUCAUUGGCACAUAUGCCUUUUGGAUUAUCAUAUCUGGGACCAUGUAUGCUACCGAGCAUUUGAAGUCAGAAAGGACUUCAGUCUUGCUCAACCAAAUAUGGAGAUGGUGUGGGAUUGUCUUCAAGAGCUCGGUCCUGUUAGCCAUAUGGAUUUUUAUCAUUCCAGUGCUGAUAGGACUUGUGCUUGAGCUAUUGGUGAUUGUCCCAAUGAGAGUCCCAGUAGAUGAAACUCCUGUCUUCCUCCUGUAUCAAGACUGGGCUCUUGGCUUCAUCUUUUUGAAAAUCUGGACAACAUUGAUAAUAUUGCUGGAUGAUAGUUGGAAAGCAAAGUUUGAGAGAGUAGAAGAAGAUGGAUUCUCAAGGCUUCAAGGGUUAUGGGUGCUUAAAGAGAUUGUAUCUCCUAUCCUGAUGAAACUUCUGACAGCAUUAUGUGUGCCUUAUGUCCUGGCGAAGGGAGUGUUCCCCAUGCUCGGAUGUCCACUGGUUGUGAACUCCGCCGUCUACAGGUUCGCUUGGAUAGGUUGCCUCUCUGCGAGUUUCUUCUUUUCUUGUGCAAAGAGAUGUCAUGUCUGGUUCAUAAACCUUCAUAACUCUAUCCGUGAUGACCGUUAUCUCGUUGGUCGGAGACUCCUUAACUUUGAGGAAGCUGCUUUGGCUAAACGAAAAAGCAGUGCCAGUGAGGAUGAUGGUGAGGGAGAUGGUGAUACUUGACUUAGACGUGCAAUCUGCCAAUCUAACAAGAAGCGUAGAAAGAAUAUUGUUCUCGUAAAUGUAUAUUACUAGACUAAUUUGUGUAAUGAUAUUAUGAUACAGUAACAGCAUCAAUAUAAAGCAUUAGUAUUCUAAGAGCACCAUUAACCCAAGAUCUAAAUUAGGGGUGCUUAUGGUUUUUUUAAUUAUUUUUAGUUGUAAAAGUGAUUUAAGAAUCAAUGCUAAGAACCCCGAAUAUUUUCUUGCUCCAAUGGGAGGUUCUUAUUUUGGGAUUUUUUUAAAAAAAAAUUUGAAACAUUAUUUUUAUGAAAGAUGAAAUUUUUUUAUUCAAUAAAACAUAAUAAAAGAAAACAUUUAAAACAUAUAUUUUUAAAAAAACAUAAAAAUAAAGAUGAGUAAAACAAACGAGAAUAAUUUGAAAGAAGCAUCCGAACUCAGUUGUUGUCGUCAUCAUGUCCAAAUUUACUCCAUAUAUGUUCAACCAAAUCAGCUUUCAGUUGAUGAUGCAUUGGUGUAUCACGAAUUCUUGUUCGAACAUCCAUCAUAUUGGCGAUAUUUGAAGGCAUAUUUGAUAAAAAAUCGAAUGCAUACAAUCAAUGCUUCCUAUCAUCCCGGGAAAUCCACGAUGCUCUCCAACAUAAAGUAGACGUUGAAGAUCAGCCGGUGUUGGUCUUCUUAGGUAUUCAUCACAGAACAAAUCAAUUAUUCCUUCCACAAAAUUCUCCAAACAUGACUGAGAUGUAGUUUCACCGAGCCGGAGAUAUUCGUCGACCGUAUCAGCCGCAUUACCAUAUGCCAAGAGACGAAUGGCAGCUGUACACUUUUGAAGUGCUGAGAGACCAAGCCUGCCAAGACCAUCUGGCUUUUGGCGAAAGAAAUCAACUUCGUUGGAGAGUCGAUAAACAAUGCGCAUGAACAAUGGCUUGUUCAUUCUAAAACGUCGUCGGAAAUAAUUUUCAGGAUACGUUGGAGUCUCACUGAAAUAAUCAUUCCAUAAACGCACAUUAUUAUGCUUCACGAUUUCUUUCGAUAUAAGCUCGUUUUUUUCUUUUUUUCCUUCGUUCUUCUUGAUUACCAUUAAUGGUUAAUUUCUCAAAGGUUUGAUCAAAACAUCUCUCAAAGGCUUGAUCAAAACAUUCCUCAAAUUCAUCAUCUAGAGUGUUUUGAGAAGAAGAAGCCAUAUAUGGUAACUGAAAAGAAAAGAUGAGUAAAGAAUGAAACUUUGGGGUUUUAGAAUCAAGAGGGGUUGUGGGUGUUUUUUUUAAAUUCAAGAGUGAGGUUGUCGGAAGUGUUUAAAGAGAGAACAUGAUGUUUAAAAAGAGAAGAUUAUUGUUGGUUUAGAAGAAAGAACUUGAGACUAAAGAGAGAACUUGAGAAUGUCUUGCUUUGAUCUUUGGUUCGGUGAAACUUUGAGGAGAGAAAAUGAAUUGGUACUGAAGAAAGACAGAAGCAUGAAUACUUUAUAAUGUUUGAUGACACAAGUCUCGUGAAACCAAAUAAUAAUACAAGUCACAUGCAUACAAACGAGACUCUAGGUCCGUGAUAGAAAAUAACAAAAGUACAAUAGCAGAGAAACAAGAGUACAAACACAAUACAACCCAUGACAUUACAACCCGUGAGAAGCACAAACAUUAUAGCAUACAAACAAGAGACAAGAGUACAAGCACAAUACAACCCGUGACAGAAGGAUGCUCCAUUCAUUCACCUGACAACAAAAAGAAGAUACCGAACAUUAGAAACAUAUAUAUUAAACAAAAACUUAUGCAACAAGAUAAACUACAUAACUUAUGCAACAAAAACCACUUACACUAAUUAGACAUUAACUCAUCAAUGAGUUUCUUCUUCAAACCUUCUUCAUAAGCCGCAAGAGGUUCGGGUUUAGCAAUGAGACUGUCCAAUAACUUCAUCUUGGACAGCCUUUCUUUCAUGUCUAAAUCUUGCUUCUUGAUGCCCCACAUUGUCUGAAAAUUAGACAGGUCAUUCCCAUCAAGCACUGUCUUCUUAGACAUCCUUUCUUUGCUGCAUCUCUUUGCUGCCUUAACACCUUGAGGACGCUUUGUUCCUCCAUCAGCAGUAGCAGAAUGCUCCAUCAUCUCUGAAUCAUCCUCACACAUCCUCUUCUUGGAGCUUCCAUCUUUUUUAGCAGUAGACAAGGCGCACCACUUCUGGUCAUUACGCAAUUCUGUCCAAGCAUGCUCUAGAGUGAACUUUUUGUUAUGGUUGGUGAAGAAGAUUUCGUGUGCUAGCUUGAGGACAUCAUUCUCAUUUUGCCCACUCGUUUUCUGUCUGGUAGCUGCUUCAUAUGCACCGCAGAACUUGCAAACGAUGUCAUUGAUCUUCUGCCAACGAUUCUUGCAGUGAGAUGCCUCUCUCUUUUCACAGCCAGCAACCUUAGGACUAGCAUUGUAGUACGCAGCAAUUCUUGUCCAGAAUGCAAGCGACCUUUGCUCAUUCCCUAUUACUGCAUCUUUACUCGUGUUUAACCACGAGCUGAUGAGAACAAUAUCGUCUGUAGGCGUCCAGGUUCUUCUUUCUUUAUUACGACUGGCUUCAGCAAAGUGCAAAUCUUCGAUACCUUCAGUAGCUAAGAAGGGAACUUGUGUUGAAGAAACACUUUGUUGACUGUUAAGUAAAUCAACAAAGUUUGCAGACUCGGUAAAUGGAUGAAAAUCCAUUUCUUAAGUGAAAGAGGAGUUGGAACAAAAGCGUUUCAAUGAUGGAAAAAAGAAACAACAGAUAGGAAUCUGUUGGAGUUGGAAGAGAAAGAAAGAGUUUUAAAGAGGGAAGAGAGAAACAACACACUCGCAUUGAACACUCGCAUUGAACAAAUUUGACUUGACCCAUAUCUAACUGCUAUUAAUUACCAGCUCACAACCAUAAUCAACCACAAAGCAAGUAAUUUAUUAAUGUCAAUUCAUUUCUUUUUUACACCCAAAGUUUUAAAUUUGAACUCUUAAACAAUGGCAGAGUUUUAAAGAUGGAAAUCAAAUCAAGACUCAAAACUACCUAACUCAACCACACGCAAUCAUUUUCUCAAUUCAACCUCACUUCUAUUAAUUACCAACAUCAAUGCCAACUGACCAAAAUAUUUACUACCUAACUCAACCAUAAACUUUUCAAUGAACGAUUAAAAGAUGAGAAAGAAAUGUACAUGUAUUGCUCCA